AUGGCGAAAUCUCUGAGCCAGGUGCUUAUGCGAGAUAUAAUGGCAUCCAAGCCAGUCAAGUUUGUUAUCGGUCCUAGUCGCAAGGAAUUCUUCGCACCUGCAAAUGCGUUCACUGAAAUCUCUCCGGCUUUACGGAUCUUAAUAACCGGGUCAAAGAGUGAUUCAAUUGUGGAUGCUGUGGUCUUGAACGACAUCAACGAGGAAGACUUUUUAAACCUGUGCGAAUAUGCUUAUUCCAGCGACUACAAAGAACCUGAAGCCAACGACCCUCCCCCCAAGGUACCUUUCAGGCCGAAAGGCGAUGCUGCCAAGGCAUAUGGGAAUGAUCUUAACCAGCAGUCACUUUUCCUCUUCAAUGAUUGCCGGGAACGAAGAAAGGUCAUCCAAGAAUGGCACAAUAAGUACGGUAAACCCCCCAGGAAAAAUAUUCGCGAAGCCAAUUACAGUUAUGGGUUCCAACGUUACAAAGACUGGACUGAGACUUUGCUACGCCAUGUUAAGAUGUAUAUCAUUGCCAACAAGUACGACGUGGGUGAUUUGCGAUCAUUGGCCCGUUUCUACCUCCUUUGGCGCCUUUAUGGAUUUGUGGAUACCUGGGACUCUAUUCCUGCACUUGGGAAGCUCGUCAGAUAUGUUUAUGAGAACACCCAAGAGCAUGACGAACUGAGAGGACUCAUCUCGUCGUAUGUUGCCCUUAAAAGCGAGUCCCUCUUUUUGCAUCCGCAUAUGCAAAGUGUGCGUGACGACUACCCCAAAUUCUGCUCUGACGUUUUGAAGUCGACUACGGAACGCCUUGUCCGGGAGCUGCAAGUUGUAAACGAGGGGCUUACGCAACUGAAACGGAAGAACGAAGAACUGGAAGAGAAGAACGGAAGCAAACGCUCCAAAAUUGUACGAGAAGAAAUAGGUCUUGUCGAGGACGACAGUGAAUCUUCAACACAGAAAAAAUAA